AUGGCUUCGUUUUCCCAAAAUGCUACGGUCACUAUGGUCCUCUCUCAGGCUGCAGAACAAACGCUCCGCGAGAGUCGUCGGUUUCUGAAGGAAGACGUGCCUGAAAUUUUGGGCUUGACCGCAAAAGCGGUGCAAAAAAACAAACUCUUCCCUGUUUCGUGGCGUGAGGCAACCAGCUAUUCUCAAUCGGAUUGGCUUGACAUCAUACCCAUCUUUAUGGCUAGUUCGACCGUUCGUAACUGUACAUGAUUCAGAAAGACAAAGGGCUUAGAAGUUGACGCCAUUCUGGUGUCUACUUCAAGCCUAUAGAAUUGAAAAGUUUUUUCCUUUGUCUAAGACUUGGUGUGGUGUGCUGGUUGCUGUGAGCUACUUGUUUUUGCCGGUGGUCGCUAGCGGGGGGGGAGGUAGCAUCGGACGCGUGUUGUUUGGAAAUACGCGCAAACCUGUGAAAUACGACCUUACGCGGUCGGUGCUGCUGCGCGCACAAGUUUUGUGCUAUGGCUGUGGCUUCUUAACUUCGGCAUUUCAACAUCGCACAUUGUGGGGUGAGCACGGGCUCGUGCCAGCGAACCCUCGGAGUCAGCGGCCGACGCCCAUUUUCGACUAUGUGCUCGGCUACGGAGACCUGCAACUCGAGCUCCUUUCUUUCUUGGGCUUUUAUCUGUGCUUUCUGCUCGUCAGAUAUGAAUCCACACUGGUGGCGGGUCUGUUGUGGCUCUGUUAUCUGACCAUUGUGAACAUGCAAGCACCGUUUACCUACGGCUAUGGCUGGGAGUGGCUCACGUGCGAAGCUGGGUUUUUGGCCAUUUUCUUGUGCAGUCCACCAAAAUUGCUAUCCCUACCGAAAAAAAGCGUCUUUCAUUCGUUCUUCGUGGGCAGGGGAGGGGGAGCUGGUAAAGCUGGCAGUAGUAUUACAACUAGUAGAUGUACAGAGCCUGCACCAGUUUUGGUGAUUAUGCUGUAUCGGUGGAUGGCUUUCCGUCUGCUGAUUGGAGCGGGCAUGAGCAAGGUCGGCCGCAAUAGCUCUGCGUGCUGGCGCGAACUUACUUGUACCACAACGCACUAUUUCACCCAGCCGAUUCCGAACCCCUUGAGCUGGUACUGUUAAAUCUCUCUUUGCAUUACUGAUACGGUUUGAACUAGCACUAAAAGAGAAGGGUGGAGGAUGACCUCAACUUACAAAAGAGGCCCAUUCAAGCAUCCUUCGCAUCUAUGAUACAAACCCAUGCUGCGUUCUCAAUUGCCUUUUGAUCGCGCUAUGGCUUCAAUACAAAAUGCAUAGGUAUUUCCACUUUCUGCCAGAGGUGGUGCACAAAGUGGAGGUUGCAAUGACGUUCUUCGAGCAACUUGCGGUUCCGUACAUGAUGUUGACGCCUAUCCGGUCUCUGCGCAUACUUGCAGGUCUAGUAGAGAUAUUUUUUCAGCUGUGUAUAGUGGGCACUGGCAAUUACGCAUGGAUCAAUUUCAUCGGAAUAACACCAUGCCUCGCCCUGUUCGAUGAUGAAUUCCUGCUCUACGUUUGGAGUUGGCUCUGCUGGUUGGUUAAUACCUUUAUCUGCUUUCUUUUCUUUUCGAAAAGUGGUUCAACAUCAGAGGGAAAAAGUGGUGCUGCAACAUUGGCAGAGAGCAGCAGUGCGUUCUUCUCCAUGCCUGCUGAUAGUCUAGAAGAUGAUGAAAAUGCGUCUCUCGACGACACUGACGGCGACGAUGAAGAAGCCUUUUCUUCUUGUUACAGUUUCGUCUGCAGUCUACCUUUUCGACUGGUCAUUUUCCUGCUGCGUUUACCUGGUCUCAUUUACCGGUGCCUUUACCACACUGCAAUCGUGAUACUAGUGUUCUUCAUGGUGUACAAAUCCAAAGAGCCUAUCCGAGAACUCUUCUCCGCAGCGCCGUGGAUCAAUAACUACGACGACUACUUCUUCAUCACGUCUCAAGGUGUUUUUGGCUUCAUUAAUGCGCUAAGAGUGCAACUCGUUUUGGAGUACAGACACGAUGGUGGAAAGGCGAGUUCAGGGUCUGGUUCUGGUGGACAAGUUGUAGAUCUAAAUGCCUGGAAGCCUCUGGAUUUCAAAUGCAUUCCGGGAUCAGUUGACCGACGUCCUUGCUUCCUGUCACCGUAUCACAGCCGACUGGACUGGGAAACGUGGAUCCGCACAACGGCGAGCUUUGAGCACGUCGUCGGUCAAUUUGGGCCGCAGGCAGGCCAGGCCAUGCAGCACAACAUGCCAGAGUUCAUCGGCACUCUGGUGAGCCGGAUUCUCGACGGUGACGAAAACGCCGCGCGCCUAAUGGGAACAAGUCUCGAAGAUUUGUACUAUCCGAGGAGCAAGUAUGCAGAAUUCUCCGCAUCGGAAUCGGACAGCAAGAAGACAAAGAGGAAGAAGGAACUCCCAGCGGAGAUUCGAGCGAGCUUUUACUUGUACGAAUUUCAAGAACUGGGCGGCAGUGCGCCGUGGUUCGCUUCAGCAUCGGCAUUACAGACGAGUUUGACACCGUCAGGUGCCUCACCAUGGUGGAAGCGAACCGCAUUAACAGCCCCUGGCAUGGAGCACGUUUACCGAAAAGAGGGACCGCAAAAGACGAAUAAGAAGAAGAAAAUUCCCUAUGGCAAUAGUCACGAGUGGAGAUUGCCGACGUGCAUGUUGUCUCUAGCCUUGGCAGGCUUCAUGUGCUUUUCUGGACAACCGGCUCGGAGGCAAAAUCCUUUGGUGCCGAGGAAAAGAAAACGAUCGCUUGAGCGCAACAAGGAAUUAGACACCAAAGCGAAAACGUUAUUGGCGGAAACCGACAAAUCUCAAGAAAUUGAGAUGCAGAAGAUAUAUGGCGAAAGCACAGGUGACACUGCUGAAGGAAAGGCAGUAUGUGCUAAGACUAAUAAGGCAAAAUCGAACUGCUCAUCUAGUACCGAGUCCUCGGAAUCAGACGAAGCAAUGGUGUCAGAAGCGGAGCCAGAAAAGGUUGGACCGCCGCCGCAGUUAGGUUUGACUCGAAUGCUGGCCAUAAUGAUGAUUCAGUGUCUGUGCUUUAGCAUCUUCGCCUUGUGCCUAGUGUCAGAUUAUCAAGGCUCUUGGGUCAAGGUUGCGGAUAUGCGCGGUCGCAUCGUUGGACGGAGUUUGUUGUCGCUUUAUCGCCGAGCACUUGCCACUUACAUCUGGGCCGCGCCAAGUUUUGACUUCCUCUCCACAGCGACCAGCGCGCCUGAGGUGAGCAUUCGCGGAGGCCUCGUUCCUACCGUAGUUGCGCCUGCCGUAUCGCAGCAGUGGGCGCAGGCGGUACAGCUGUUUCAGAAGGCGGAUUCGACGUCGGUGAAAACCUAUGCGGAAAGCGUUCAGAAUAUAGCUGGCUCCCUUCUCAUCCUCAUGCUCUUCACGGGGAACAGCGGCACGGGGAGGCGCGCAUUACUCGAUUUCGCUUCACUUGAUGUAGUCAAGACUGUGCAGCUGGCGUCCGCGACAGCGCUUUUCUUCUCCGCCUACCGGCUCUCGGAUUGAUGAAAUUGCAUCAUCUGCUCAUUAGCAAACAGCCUGUCUUAUGUAUUCCAAAAGUUGUGUAACGCGAGGACGACGAAUUUUCAACACCACGUUGUCGCAGUUGUACACUGGACAGCUAAAUUGACGAUUACAAACGUGAGCACCAACAGAUGUACUUGAAUAACUUUUCCAAAUCUGAGCAUUUUAUUCCGAGUCUAUCCAUUGGACGAGAAGGCUGCAAUGGCGAAAGCUUAU